AUGCCGCUCAUCAACGGCCAGAAAAUGGCCUGCGAGCCAUGUAUUCGUGGUCAUCGUUCCACGAAAUGCACCCACGCGAAUGAGCGUUUGAUGGUCCCCGUGCGAAAGCCCGGCCGACCGCUGAGCACAUGCCCUCACCCGCCCUCCCGCGGCUGCGGCUGCGGCAGCGUCACGGCCGCCAUCCCGAAGAAGCAGAAGUGCGGCUGCGGGUCGAGUAGCGGAACACCCACCACCGACUCGUCGUCGAGCGUCAUAAAGGCAGAGUCACCCGCGAGCGAUGCCCCGCCCUUGUCCCCGACCAAGGCCCCGGCCUCCUUUCGAAUCCAGAAGAUGGCAUCCAAGUCUAGCAGUCGAAAACAGUCGUUCGACCCCGCCAACUUUGAGAGGAUGGAUGCCUCCAGCAUCAACAUCCUGCCGCCCUACGACAUGCCGCAGCCGAGCCACAUGUCCCAGGCAAACGGCGCGAUACCCGCCAUGCCCGCACAGAGACCCGGCAUGGAGUACGGCGCGAUGACGAUCAUGGGUGGCGUCAACGGCGGCUUCCAUCACCAGCCCAUCAUGUACCCCGUGUUUCCACAGCCCAUGCCCAACCCCAUGUUCCCGAACGGCGCCGCGAUGCCGAUGCCCCAUACGAACGGCGCAACCUCGACAACGGGCACGCCGGCGCCGGCGUCGAUUCCCGCCCCAGUGACCGCCACGAACGGGGGAUCCUGCUGUUCUGGCAAGGCUAACGGAGCCAUGAAGCCCGCGCCCCCACCGCCGUCACUUACAAGCGUUAGCACAGGGGGCUCGUGUUGUUCAGGACCGGGCAAGGCCGAAGAAAGCUCUACACAACCUUCCAGUGUCAGCUCGAGUCCAAAGACGCGGCCGAAGCCGAAUAUGGGUAGUUGCUGCUCCAGCAAGGCACCUACAGUUGACACCGACCUAGCGACGAACAGCGGUGGCCACUACAUGUCCAAUGGUCAUGUGUCGCCUACGAGCGCGAUGGCAAUGUCACCUUUCCAAACACCGAUGGCCAUGCCACAGGGAAUCUAUCACUCCUACUUUCAACCGACCAUCUUCACUUACCCGCCGCAAUACGGAUCUUUCAUGUCGCCCCUGCAGCCCGAGCAGUGGAAGCAGACGAUGGAGGCUCUACACUACGGCCAGCCGAUUCCGCAACCCGCGACGUAUAGCAUGCCGCCGAACCCCAUCUUCACACCCGAGGGCACGACCGCGACGGGGCCCGAAUCGACGUCCCAUACGUGCGGUUGCGGCGAUGGAUGCCAGUGCGUGGGCUGCGCCGCACAUCCUUACAACGAUGCGACGCAGGACUACGUGCGGUCCGCGUACAUGAGCAUGCAUGAAGACUCAUACGGAGCGGUGAACGGGACGAACGGCACGAAUGGGCACUCGGAGCACACGGUAGCCAACGGAGCAGGAGCCCACGGGGCCGAGUCUCACGCUAAUGGAGACGGUGGCGGCUCUCCGCCCGCGCCGCAGACGCCCUCAGAUGCAGCAUCCGGGCUGAGCGAAGAGCAGGCGCUAUCGGCUAGCGACUUCUUCUUCGUCACGUAUCCGUUCAGCGGCGACGGAUGCGCCGGCGAGACCUUGUCGUGCCCCUGCGGCGACGACUGUCAGUGCCUCGGCUGCUCGAUACACAACAACUCACCGAUCCCCGAGUCAUAG